AACGAAGAAGAAAGAGGAGGAGACUCGACGAACCACCACCAAAAUGGCGAAGAUCGCCAAAACGCACGAAGGUAAAUAAAUCAAUAAAAACUCUAAAUAGCAAUCACAGUUUGACUUCUAACUGCAGAGUUAUCUGUUAGAAAAGACACAGAGAAUAUUUUGACGACUAAAGCUAGUCGUUUCAUUGUAUUUCGUCCUCUAAAACGCCAAAAGCAGGAGGCCGCGUUACGACGCAACGCGGACGGCUUAGAUAAUGGCGCUGGAUGCUAACGGUUUAGCUCUUUGGCUAGCGACUGUAAAAAUGCGAUAAAUGACUGUUUUAAAACGUUUAGCUACCAUAUAUCCAAAAGCAUCCACAAAUGUCGCUUUUUUGAGCCUGUUUUGUACUGAAAUACUAAGUGUAAUCUCUGGACCGGUGAAUACUGAGACUGAUCUUCAGCUGUUGUCUGACAACAGCGCCAUACGCAGUGUUAUUAGGCUCAGCUCGUUGUCUCAUUAAAGCGCCAUGUGACUAAUCAAAAGAACAGAUAUUCUUAUGUUUUAGUGUUUUGAUUAUUCCUGAGAUGGAUUUUCACCCUUUCUCCUUUUCUUUUUAACCCCUUAGAUAUCGAGGCCCAGAUCCUGGAGAUCCAGGGGAUGAAGGCCAACCUGCUGGAGGAAGGAGAUCAGGGAGUGGGCCUUGAUUCAACUGGAUUUUACGACCAGGAGAUCUACGGAGGCAGCGACAGCCGCUUUGCUGGAUAUGUCACCUCCAUUGCAGCAAACGAACAGGAGGAUGUAAGUAUUUAACUCACCAGAAAACCACCCCACCUUAAAUCUAUUUGUGGGCGCCUUCCAGGGCACUCAAGGAAACCUUACGGGGCAUAUAAAGACACAUCAGUAGAAUAGUAUUAUCAAUAAGAAACACACCAACACAACAAAGAAUGACAUAAAAGUCCAGACUCUGCAGCAGAAUGUCAAAUGCUAGUCUGAAUAGGCCUGUCUGAAAUAAUGAGUUUUGAGACGGCAUUUGAAGCUGGAGAGUGAAUCAAUGUUCCUAAUGUCAGGGGGGAGGGAGUUCAAAAGGCGGGGGGCAACGCGGCUGAAGGCUCCUGAUCUCAUGGUGGACACACGGGCCGGAGGCAUAAUAAGGCUGAUGUAGGACAGGGCGAUUAUAUGAUUGGGAUUAAUGAUUGGGAUAAAUUUCAGUUCGAUCAGCUGUGAGCUUAUUUACUCGAUCAAACAUAGAGGAAAUGUGCAUCACAACAGCCAAUCAGAGUCGAGCCUUUUCUUCUCACUUCUGUAAGUUGCCGGUGAAGUAAACAGAGUAACCGAACGUUGAACUGAGGGCAGUAAAAUAGAUGUCAGCCAUGACUUUGAGUCAUCCUCCAAAGAUGUUAUUAUUGAGAAUAAAAGUUAUUUAACGUCUUAUUUAGUAUUUAACUAUUUACUUUUUAGUUUUGAGUACAGAUGCUUUAAAACUGGCAGUUAAAAAAAAUUGUAUUAAUUGGGAUCGGACAAUAUGACAAAGUAUAUCAUGAUCAUCUUUUUGGCCAAAUCGCCCAGGCCUAGGCUGAUGGAUGAGGCAGACCUGAGAGUCCGGGUGGGAGUGUUGAUGUGGAGGAGUUCAGAGAGGUAGCGAGGUUGUGGAUGGCCUUAAAUGUGUGGAGCAGAAUUUUGUAGUCCAAGCAGUAUUUGAUGGGAAGCCAGUGAAGUUGGCGUAGAACAGAUGGGAUAUGACUGAUAGAUGGUGUUCUGGUGACGAUAGGGGCUGCUGCGUUUUGGACCAGUUGAAGCUUAUGGAUAGACUUAUGGGUGAGACCAACGAGAAGUGGGUAAUGCUAAAACACCCUGAGGAACAUCUUCCAGCUAAUGAGAUUCAUUUGCAACAGCUUAAAAGCCAUUCUGGAGAGGCUGAGUCUUUCUUAGAAGUAGAAGGAAGAAGUUCACGAGGGCAGACAACUCCAGAAUGUUCCUGAUUGUAAAAGUGUAAUGAAUCAAUCAUUUUAUUUUACAUAAUAUAUCAUGAAAAGAUCCCAAGAACCUGUAGAGACAUCUGUUCGAAAAGGACAAGACAGAAAAUCAUUACUGGAUGUCCAUGAUUAUCAGAUCCCCAGGUGGUGCUGCAUUAAAACAGACUUUAAAACCAUCAAAAUUUAUUUCCAUCAACAUUUACACUGUAUCCCAUCUCCUUUGGAAUUAGGGUUGUAUUUAGAUUUUGUUCCAUCCUUUUCCACUCCAGUUUUUAGGGGCUUGAUUGCUCCCAAUUGUCUGUUGCAUGUGAGCUAGGAGAGUCUUGCCAUGCCGGCGAGAUUUGACUAGACUCCUCUCUUUCUUUCUUUCCUCAGGACGAUGAAGAAGAUUCAUCCACGAGCUUACUUGGACAGAAGAAGCCAGGGUACCAUGCACCAGUGGCUAUACUCAAUGCCAUUCCACAGUCAGAUGAGCAAGUAGGUGUUAUCCCAUAAGUUUUUAUCUCUAAAUUUUGUUUAUGAUUAUGAAGUGCACUCUCACUAACGAACCAUCUUUGUUUUGCAGUAUGACCCCUUUGCGGAGCACCGUCCACAGAAGAUCGCAGAACGGGAGGAUGAAUACAAAGCCCGGCGCAGACAGAUGAUCAUCUCCCCGGAGCGUCUUGACCCCUUUGCAGAUGGUAAACUUUGCCAUUUUUUGUUCUCAUUACACCUCCCCAUUUCCUCCCCCCUUGUUUCACGGUUCACUUUAUUGUGGCCCCUCCAUGACUACCAAUGGUUUCAUUCCCAUAGUUUCGCUGUUAAACCCUUCGACCACAAUGCAAUAGCUUGCCUCCCAGACUUGAUGCCUUCCCUGUGGUUAAUCCGUCAUGGUGCAAGAAUAAUUUGUGUCCUUGCUGAUAUCGUCCAUAUAUUUUAUGUAAAUUUUAUUUAUAAAUUAAAAAAAUCUGUGGGCUUUUGUGAACUUAUUUUCAUUGUUUCGGUUUGGGAGGAAUGUGCAAAACAGGAUUUUUUUUGUCAUGUUGGAAAUAAAAGACGUCUAAAUGCAUUGCAGGGUUGCCACACAUUUCAUAGGGACAGGUGGUUAGGUGUUUUCUGUUUGUGGGGGAGAUGUUCACCUAAUAAACGUGGGUCGCAGAUGGUUUGUGUGUGAGUCGAAGGGUUAACAAUCCCAUUUGAGACACAGGUUAGAUUACGAUGGAAGUGUAGGCUUUUUGACAUAGACGCUAAGGUACAGUGAUGUAAAUUUGACGAUCGGCCUUGGUGUAAUUCACCUGGCAAUAAACUUUAGAAAAUAUGGCUACAGAUUGCAAAGGCAGUGGAGAGAAUAACAGGGUUUAAGUGUGAUAGUCAGAAACUAAACUAGCAGUCUGCAAGUUUCUGAGUCUGAGCAGAAAUUUCAGUGUUUUUUGACACUGAAAUUGUAAAGCUCAAAGGUCCUAGGGCAUUAGUUCAGUGUGUGGAAGCUUAAAGCAGUUUUUCUAAUAUUUUAGAGCUAUCAUUUUUAUUCUGCUCAGGGUGCGUUUAUACAGCUGAUUAUGACUUAAAGUCCCUCUGAAAUGGAAAAGAUGGCCUGUAUGUCUUUCAAAAAUGAAAAUAAAGACUUGAGUGUGUUCUGUUUGUUAUUUUAAGGGAACUUGUCAUAAAUGUCAUAGUCUUAUCAAACUUCAAAAAAAGGUUAGAGUAGAAAUAGGCCUGCUUUAUCUUUCUCUCCAUUUUGUUACAUCUUCACUCCCCCAGACAACACAAGCUUAACAUGACCCGAGUGUUUCAGGUCUGGUGUAGUUAGGGCUUAUCUGAAGCCUGCAUGUAGAGAGAGCUCUUUGUACAAAGUUGUUGUGUAAAUAUAUUUUUAUUUUACAACUCUCUCUGUAAAAUAGAAAUAUGUUAUCAAGAAAAAAUGUGUACAACAAUACCACAGGCCCAUACUAACUGUCCUUAAUUUCUCUCCUACAGCAGUACUGCUUUGCCAGUCCUGUACUGCACUCUGUUAAGGGUGCAGCAACUCAUCCUGUGUAGGUUAUGGGGAACACAGAGAUAUGUGCACUUGUCAGAUUGGUUAGGGUCCACUGGCCGCUUGUUUGGGGUUGAGGGGAAUCAGAUGCAGUCCAAAUACAUCAAACCUCAACCCCCCAGAGCCUCAUUAAUCUUUUUAAUUUGGCUUCCAAAAAUGGAGAUUAAAUUCUGUGGGCAUUCACAGUGGAAAAUUACUGCUCGACUACAUUUGGUGAUUGAAUCAGUUACCUUUUUGUACAAAGCAAUUCAAGACGUAGUUGUAAGAUGAAUUAUUGAUGAUCAACCUGGCUCUGGCAUUUCAUACAGAUUUAUCCUUAUUUUUGCAUUAUUUGAACGGCAAACAUAUUCCUUUUUUUACUUUAAUAAUGUCAUUCCUAGCCUCAGAAUUUUAUUCCUAUUUGCUAGUUUAAAUAACGGGGGAAUCUGGAUUAAAGAGUCACAUGUGAUAUAGAUUUAGUUUUAUGGUAAUGUCCCAAGAAGAUACUUCUGUGUUUUUUGAGUGCCAUGAAUCAAUGCAACACAGGUGGUAUACUGUUGUGUGUGAGUUCAAACCCUUUUCCAAAGUGUUACUAAUGGUAAAGAGAAAUUUUCUAGGCUUCUUUUCUGCCGGUUGAAGUCUGACUGCAGAAGGACCCUUGGCACUGAAAGUGUACGUAUUCUGAAGAGCACAGCCCAGGACCCCUGCAUCAGUGAUGGCUAUAACUUCUUAAUCCACUUAAAGAAAGCACCACAAACUCAGCUCUUCUCUCUAUGUAUCUGCUUGUUUUUCAUUAGAAUGCUAUGACUGUAUGUAAGAAAGACAAAUGUACAUUUGUAUGUUAUUUAUUAGGCCUUUGUUUUUUGUGAAUCAGCUCUUAAUUUGUAAAAAAAAAUAUAACUUGUUUGUAAAGAGAGAGUCAGGGUUAGCUGGCUGUGUUUGUGCUUGCUGUGUUUGCAACAAGUCGGGUCCCUGGAGCGUAUACUGAUGAGUGUCCUCUGUUCUUGUUGGUGCUCUUUCGCGCAGGGGGGAAAACACCGGACCCUAAGCUGCAGGUCAGGUCUUAUGUGGACGUCAUGUUGGAGCAGAACCUCUCCAAAGAGGAGGCAAGUGUCUUCAAACUAUUCGUAUCAUGUUUUCACUGCCAAGUGUGUCUUGACGGCAGUUAUCAAAAUUCUCAUUUUUCUUGUAAAUAAGUGCUUUAACUCAUUCACAGCAUCAAUUUUGCUCUAAAUACACACUUAAACAGUCCUUAUUGUAAACACACAGUCCUUAAGUUCUGUGGUUCUUUCUUCUAUGUUCAUGUUAAGAUUCUGUUUAAAGUUUCCAACCUCUUUCUGAUGCUGGGAAUUCGUAGUUUCUUUUGAAGAGGACCAUUAAAAGCCUCUUGUGUGAUAGUAUUACAAAUGUAUUAUUUCUCCUAACCUAACCUCGGUGGUUUGUGUUUACAGAGGGAGAUUCGUCAGCAGCUGGUGGAGAAGGCCAAAGCUGGGGACCUUAAAGCGGUCAACGGGUCUGCUGCAAGCCAAGCUGCUGCAAAACGUAAGCGCCGCUGGGACCAGACAGCUGACCAAACCCCAUCUAAUGCUACACCCAAAAAGAUGUCCAGCUGGGACCAGGCUGAACCCGCCGCUGAGGUGAGACCCUUUUCAGCCUCUGCUCUCAGGCUUGGGUGUAAACAUGAUGUUUUUUUGGGUAUGAAUUGUAUCUUUAGGGGACAAAGAGCGACUGACGUGUGUUUGAAGUCUCAUUUCUCUGUUUCUGGCUCCAUUUAGACACCAGGACACACCCCUGCACACACACCUUCAAACAGCAGAUGGGAUGAAACACCUGGUCGUCCUAAAGGCAGCGAAACCCCAGGAGCCACCCCAAGUACCCGCAUGUGGGACCCCACUCCCAGCCACACACCGGCCGGAGCUGCCACUCCUGGCAGGGACACACCCGGACACGCCACCCCUGGCCACGGAGGAGCCACAGGAAGUGUGCGCAAGAACCGCUGGGACGAAACACCAAAGACAGAAAGAGAGACCCCGGGACACGGGAGCGGCUGGGCCGAGACGCCUCGCACAGACAGAGGUGACGAGUCAGUGGGGGAGACUCCGACUCCAGGAGCCAGUAAGAGGAAAUCUCGCUGGGAUGAAACUCCAGCCAGUCAAAUGGGAUCUUCAACACCACUACUCACCCCUGGAAAGACCCCAAUAGGAACACCAGCUAUGAAUAUGGCCACCCCAACACCAGGUAGAAAAUUUAGAUUUAACUUCACAGAUUUUUCUUUUUCCCCAAAUAUGGGCCGUGAUCUGUCAUCUUAAUGACUGUGACAACAUUCAGUCAAGAUGAAACGCAUACUGGGCCACAAUCUGUUUUUUUUUUACAGCAUCCUUUACCUUCCUGCUGUUUGCUGCCUUGGUUUUUAAAGGCAUUUGCAAUAGCUGUCAGUAACAUCUUCAGACCCUUCUGAAAAUGUAUUUCCUGAGUUUGUUAAAACUUCUCUUGUGUUUUCCUCAGGCCACCUGAUGAACAUGACUCCAGAGCAGCUGCAGGCGUGGAGGUGGGAGAGAGAAAUCGAUGAGAGGAAUCGACCUCUUACAGAUGAGGAGCUUGACGCCAUGUUUCCAGAGGGAUACAAGGUCUGUACCCCUCUUAGCUUUGUAUUUAAGUCCGGCAGGGUGACUCAAACAGUUGUUCUGAUGGUAUAACUUUCUUUCCCUCAGGUCUUGCCUCCACCAGCAGGCUAUGUGCCGAUCCGAACUCCGGCCCGUAAGCUCUCCGCCACACCCACACCUAUCGGAGGCAUGACAGGCUUCCACAUGCAGGCUGAAGACCGCACCACCAAACAAAUGAACGACCAGCCUUCAGGAAACCUCCCCUUCCUCAAACCUGACGACAUCCAGUAUUUUGACAAACUGCUGGUGAGCGUCACAACUAGUCAUACCACGCUGUAAAAUCAACAGCAUGUUGUUUGUAAAGUCUUAGGGUCAGCAUGUGUGUUAACAGAUGUCUGUGUGUUUGUGCGUCAGGUGGAGGUGGACGAGUCCACGCUGAGUCCAGAAGAGCAGAAAGAGAGGAAGAUCAUGAAGCUGCUGCUGAAGAUUAAAAAUGGAACUCCACCAAUGAGGAAGGUGUGUUUUCAGCAUCAUUUCUACACCCUCGAACCACAUUUACCCUUUAUACUUCCCCUGAAUGAUUAUUCUUCUGUUUGAAAAUCUUGGCCCCCUUCAGCGUACACCUACUAAAAGCACUUGUUUUUGCCACUGAGCAGUUAAAACAUUAUCUUAAGCUGCUGCAGCUUUUUCUGCACGUAAUUUUAGAGCCCCUCAAAAUAUUUCAAAAUAGGAUUGAAAAUAUUAGAAUAAACAGUCUAGUCCUCAUUGUUCUUGGUCUCCCUUGGUUAACUUCUCCUGUCCAUUUCCUUUUAAGUCAUAAAUCAUGAAAGCAGAAGCACAAAAUACGAAACCAGAAACUGAUAGCAAGAUCCACACCCAGCACUCAGCCUGACUGUGGCUGCAGUGUGAAUCUUUCCUUGCUAGAAUAUCUCUUCUCUGAGGAGCUGCUGCUCUCAGCAGAGGUUGAAGUGUUGACCGUCAUGAUCUUCUGAGAGCAGCAGACAGAAAAACACCUGAACUGUGGACACAGUGACGGUAACUGUGAUCCCAAACACCAGACUGACUGACCUUUCGUGUUCUUUCAGGCUGCUCUGCGUCAGAUCACAGAUAAGGCUCGGGAGUUUGGAGCAGGACCACUCUUUAACCAAAUCCUGCCACUGUUGAUGUCGCCCACCCUGGAGGACCAGGAGCGCCACCUGCUGGUUAAAGUCAUCGACCGCAUUCUUUACAAACUCGACGACCUGGUUCGACCAUACGUACACAAGGUAAGCUCGGUGUAGAAGCACAGAUUUUUAAGAUAGUGUUGGAUAAAUGUAUUAACUUGAUUGUGUUGUGUCCAGAUCCUGGUGGUGAUUGAGCCGCUGUUGAUCGAUGAGGACUACUACGCCAGAGUGGAAGGCAGAGAAAUUAUCUCUAACUUGGCAAAGGUAAAUUGUAACAGCUUUUACUCAAAAACUCACACAAAACACACUGCGAACUAUUCUCGCCUGUUCUACCAGUCUGUGGUCUGAUCAGGGCUAGUCUUUCGCUAUAAUGACACCAACACGAGAGCUAGCAGACCUGACAACUUUGCCUCGCCUGUUCUCAACCUGCACCCGUUGGUUACACUCAAUGUUUUUGAUUACAUGGUUAAUUAUUCCUUUGGUGUUAUUUACUCAGAUUUCUGACGUUUGUCCUCUUUCUUUGUCCACCUCAGGCUGCUGGUUUGGCCACCAUGAUCUCCACCAUGCGACCUGAUAUCGACAACAUGGACGAGUACGUGAGAAACACCACAGCUCGAGCCUUCGCCGUGGUGGCCUCCGCCCUCGGUAUUCCCUCCCUCCUGCCUUUCCUCAAAGCCGUGUGUAAGAGCAAGAAGUCCUGGCAGGCUCGACACACAGGCAUCAAGAUCGUGCAGCAGAUCGCCAUCCUGAUGGGCUGCGCCAUUCUGCCCCACCUUCGCAGCUUGGUGGAGAUUAUCGAACACGGUCAGUCAUGGUCACAUGUCAUGAUGUCAAGACAAACUGUCUCUUUACAUUCACCUUUUUUUCAGUGAAGCUCUCCUGAUUUAUUGAAUUCUGUGUUGAACUUUUAAAAGUUCUGCUCUGAUCUCAACCCUUAAACCAAUGUCAAAACUAUUAAAAUUGUCCUUUUAUAAUAUCUGUCCUCAGUUGUGUUUAAUUGUGGCUGUUGUGUUGACUGUGUGAUGCUGCAGGUUUGGUAGAUGAGCAGCAGAAAGUCAGAACCAUCAGUGCCCUGGCUAUCGCCGCUCUGGCUGAAGCUGCUACCCCGUACGGUAUCGAAUCCUUUGACUCGGUCCUGAAGCCGCUGUGGAAGGGUAUCAGACAGCACAGAGGAAAGGUACGCAAUCUAAAAUUCAAGUUUGUGAUUUCUCAGAUUUUACUGCAAGAUCCACACCCAGCGCUGAGCCUGACUGUGGCUACAGUGUGAAUAUUUCCUUGCUAUAAAGUCUCCUCUGAGGGGCUGUUGUUGUCAGUGGGGGGUCACAUUGAAGACCAUUAAACUCCACUGGCAGCAGCAGACAAUCACUUUUAUCCUCAGGUUUAACAAAACUCAAUCUUUGAGUUUCUUUUCACUGUUUUUUUUUCUUCAUUGUGUUUGCCAUCAGGGUCUGGCAGCUUUCCUGAAAGCUAUCGGUUACCUGAUCCCACUGAUGGACGCCGAGUACGCAAACUACUACACCAGGGAGGUGAUGUUGAUCCUCAUCAGAGAGUUCCAGUCCCCUGACGAGGAGAUGAAGAAGAUUGUGCUCAAGGUAAACAAGGACAAAAAAAACACCUAAACUGGAGCCCUGCGACCAUUCUCGCCUGUUCACCCUCUCUAUGGGUGAAUCAGGGCUAGUAACUCGCUAGAGGAACACCAACAUGAGAACUAACAGGGCGGACUGCAGUGUCUGCUCUGCUCUCAACCUGCACCCGUUGGUUACAAGCAGUGACUUAAAUUACUUAUGCCAAAAAAAAAGCUUAAAUUAAGUAUCUUAAAUUUUUUAAAGAAGAUUUGGCCACAGCAAGAAACUCGACCCGCUGAGAUAACUUGAGCAGAAAGGCUCCUCUGAACCAUGACCUCUGGAGCAGGUUGAAAAAAUGCAGAGGAUUGCCAGAGAUUCAGUUUUAGUAAAAACAUGCUGAAUUUGUACCUACUUACAAGGACUAUUUGGAUACUGAUACAAACUGCCUGUUUUGAGAUAACGGGACUGAGUGACUGGACAUUUCUCGUCUCAUGUCUUGACCUGCGUUUUUUUGUCUCCCAGGUGGUGAAGCAGUGUUGUGGCACUGAUGGUGUCGAAGCGAACUACAUCAAGACUGAGAUCCUGCCUCCCUUCUUCAAGCACUUCUGGCAGCACAGGAUGGCUCUGGACAGACGCAACUACAGACAGGUUAGUAAACACCGAGACGCGUUAAUGUUCAACCAAACAAAAUCGAUGUACGGGCUCUGAACUGGCUGAGCUGCAACAUAUGAAGACGGGAUGUGAAUUUUUUUAAAUGUACAAAUCUGAUUAUAAUUUUCUGGUGUUUCACUCCUGCUGUGUCUUUAUACUAUUGUCUCUUUAACAAAAUAUUUACAAGCACAGUAGACAAUUUCAAGAUAUUUGCAUCCCACACAGUAAUUAUUAGCAUGUUAUCAAGCUGAAAACUCACUCUCUAAUUCCUGCAAACUAUUCUCGCCUGUUCUACCAGUCCGUGGUCUGAUCAGGGCUAGUCGUUCGCUAGAUUAACACCAACAUGAGAGCUAGCAGACCUGGCGUUUUUGCCUCGUCUGUUCUCAACCUGCACCCGUUGGUUACAGUCACAAAAAAAAUUAGGUAUUUAUGUGUCUACUGGAUUGCAAGAUGAUUAUUUGUCAAAAUGUAAAGUGUAAAGUCAUCCUCAGGAAGAGUGCACCUGAAGUAGACUUGAGACAACAUGGUAUACAUUCUAGGUGUUAAACAGAAGAAUAAUUUAAAAUUUUGGCUUUGUUUUUGCCACAGAAGUCCUCAAGUUUUUUAUCUUAUGUUUUUGUGUCCAUCUAGUUAGAUGUUUCCCAAAAAACACAACCUAUAAAGUUGAUUAUUGUCACCAUCAGGGUGUCAUGGUUGGUUGGUGUCUGUCUGUAAUACUCUGAUGGUAAAACUUCACUGAACUGCCUUUCUUCUCACACAGUUGGUGGACACCACUGUGGAGCUGGCCAACAAGGUGGGAGCCGCAGAGAUCAUCUCUCGCAUCGUUGACGACCUGAAAGACGAGGCUGAGCAGUACAGAAAAAUGGUGAUGGAGACCAUUGAGAAAAUCAUGGGCAACCUGGGAGCGGCCGACAUCGACCACAAGCUGGAGGAGCAGCUGAUUGACGGCAUCCUGUACGCUUUCCAGGAACAGACCACAGAGGUGAGCGGAUUGAUAGUGACCGGCUUUAACCUCUCUAUCCACAAAGCCUCUUGUUUACAGGGUGUAUUUUUAAGCUCACCAUGUGCUCUUCAUCUGCAGGACUCGGUGAUGCUGAACGGUUUUGGCACGGUGGUGAACGCUCUGGGGAAGCGCGUGAAGCCCUACCUGCCUCAGAUCUGCGGUACCGUGCUGUGGCGUCUGAACAACAAGUCGGCUAAAGUCCGUCAGCAGGCUGCUGACCUGAUCUCACGUACAGCUGUGGUCAUGAAGACCUGCCAGGAGGUGAGCGAUUCAGAGAUGCACUUAGAGAUUAAAAACCGACCAAACAUGAAGCUCAUUUUAAAAUCCUAACGCAUGCUUUACUUCCUGUCUCUGCAGGAAAAGCUGAUGGGUCACUUGGGUGUGGUGCUGUAUGAGUACCUAGGAGAGGAGUACCCUGAGGUGUUAGGAAGCAUCCUGGGGGCGCUGAAGGCCAUCGUCAAUGUUAUUGGUACGUCUCCCACAUCUUCCCAUUUCACAUAAUAAACCUGCUUUGCCUUGCUGCUCACAUUUCAAACACUGAAUAGCUACUCAACUGUUUUCUUUUCGUCACAGGUAUGCACAAGAUGACCCCGCCCAUCAAAGACCUGCUCCCUCGUUUGACCCCCAUCCUGAAAAACAGACACGAGAAGGUGCAGGAGAACUGUAUCGACCUGGUGGGCAGGAUAGCUGACAGGUCGGUUUAAAAAAAAAAGCCUCGCAGAUGUAAAAUCCCAGAGAUCUCGUCAUCCUUUAGUAGCUUUAUUCUAACAUUUUGGUUUUGUUUCAGGGGUGCAGAAUACGUUUCUGCCAGAGAGUGGAUGAGGAUUUGUUUCGAGCUGCUCGAGCUGCUGAAGGCUCACAAAAAGGCGAUCCGCAGAGCCACAGUCAACACGUUCGGUUAUAUCGCUAAAGCUAUUGGGUGAGUGCCUCAAAACCGUCAUGAUCUCUGAUGUUUUGAUGCUAACGUAAACAGCGCUUAUGAACCGGGAUGUAACUCUCUCUUCCCUCCUUUCAGUCCCCACGAUGUCUUGGCCACUCUCCUCAACAACCUGAAGGUCCAGGAGCGACAGAACAGAGUCUGCACCACAGUCGCCAUCGCCAUCGUCGCCGAGACCUGCUCGCCCUUCACCGUGCUCCCGGCGCUCAUGAAUGAAUACAGAGUGCCUGAGCUGAACGUGCAGAACGGCGUGCUGAAAUCCCUCUCCUUCUUGUUCGAGUACAUCGGAGAGAUGGGCAAAGAUUACAUCUACGCCGUCACGCCUCUGCUGGAGGACGCUCUCAUGGACAGGUGAGAAAGGAAUCACAUCCUCGGGUUUUAUGAUUAUCAGUUUAUUUGAAGCGGUAAGUCUCACCCUGUACCCGUGUCCCUCUGCAGAGACCUGGUCCACAGGCAGACAGCGAGCGCCGUGGUGCAGCACAUGUCUCUGGGCGUCUACGGCUUUGGCUGCGAGGACUCUCUGAACCACCUGCUGAACUACGUUUGGCCGAACGUGUUCGAGACGUCACCUCACGUGAUUCAGGCCGUCAUGGGCGCUCUGGAGGGGCUGAGGGUCGCCAUCGGACCGUGCCGCAUGCUUCAGUACUGCUUACAGGUAAAGAUACCCAAAAACCGUCAAACUCUGACGAAGUUUAAGUUUAAAUCUUUGUAUUUCAGUGAUGGUCAUGUUGAAAAUCACGUUUCUGGUUCUCUUCAGGGUCUGUUCCAUCCGGCCAGAAAAGUGCGAGACGUCUACUGGAAGAUCUACAACUCGAUCUACAUCGGCUCUCAAGACGCCCUCAUCGCUCACUACCCACAGGUCUACAACGACGAGAAGAACGUCUAUGUCCGCUACGAGCUAGAGUACGUUUUGUAAAUAGAAAUUAACGUCCUCACUCUCUCUCUCUCCUCCGCGCUGUCGUCUGAGUCCGAAUUUGAUUUAGCUCACCCAGCCUCUGUUUGGCACCACCUUUACCGAUACUGAGAUCGAAAGGAGCAUGAAAAGUAGGAGAAAGAAAAAGAAGGGACACUGUAGUAGAGUCUGUAUGUAUUUUUUUAUUUUUACUCUUCUUUAAGUGUCCCCCCUGUGAAGGUCACGCUGACCUCGAGUGAAGAAAAGCCGAGCAGUCGUCAUCACGAUGUUUUAAAUAUUUGGAUUGUUUUUUUUUCUUUCUGUGUGUGUGUAAUGAUCGGCCUCCGAGCUCCCUUUACACACCUCCUCUUCCUUGUUUCACUCCUCCUCUGUUCUCAUUAGGUUGUUGCUUUAUUUAACCUAAUAAAAUGUUUGUGUAUAAAAGUCAC